UGUAUGUGAAGAAAUGAGAAAAAUGCAUGUGUUACAUCAUUAUUGGGGCUGGGAUGAUGCAGGUGACCGAUGGAAAGAAGCAAUCUAAGAUUUUUCUCACGAAGCCUUUCACAUUGGAAGGUGAAUCAGAUUUAGACCCAUCUUAUAGAGCUCCUAAUCUCCUUCAACGCUUGUUAAGUUUACUUAAGAAUAUACGGCCAGGAUCAGAUCUCACACACUUCCAGCUUCCACCUGCGUUUAACUUCCCAAAAUCUCAACUUCAGUGCUAUGGUGAAUCAGUGUACUGCACAAAUUCAAACUUGCUGAGCAGGUGCAACAGUGGGGAGAAUCCAGUGGAUAGGUUCACAUCUGUUGUAGCAUGGAGCAUAUCUACCACACGCCCUACAUCUUUUGGGGUUGCGCCCUACAAUCCCACUCUUGGAGAGACACACCAUGUUUCCAAUGGCAACCUUAAUGUCUUACUGGAACAGGUUUCACUUGACCCUCCAGUAUCUGCCCUCCAUGCAACAGAUGAGAAAGAAAACAUUGAAAUGAUAUGGUGCCAGCAACCUAUUCCAAAAUUUAGAGGUACAUCUAUUGAAGCACAAGUGCAUGGUAAAAGGGUGCUGAAGCUCCUAAAUCAUGGAGAAACAUAUGAAAUGAAUUCUCCUAAUCUUUUGAUUAGAAUUCUUCCUGUUCCUGGGGUUGAUUGGGUUGGCAAUGUUAAUAUACGAUGCAUAGAGACAGGCCUGGAAGCUGAGUUAUCCUACAAAAGCCAUUCUUAUGCAGGACUUGGGGGAAAUAGAAGAUUGAUCAGAGGGAAGAUCCUUGACUCAUCAUCAUUGAAAGUUCUAUAUGAAGUUGAUGGUCAUUGGGAUAGAACUGUGAAAGUAAAGGACACAAAUAAUGGGGAAGCAAGAGUGAUAUAUGAUGCAAAACAAGUCAUUUCAGGGCUCAAAGCUCCUAUUGUAAAGGACAAAGAGAGUGUGUGGGCAACAGAAUCAGCCCUUGUGUGGAGUGAGUUGAGCCAAGCCAUCAUCAACAAAGAGUGGGAGAAAGCCAAGGAAGCAAAGCAAGAUGUGGAAGAAAGGCAGAGGAAGAUGUCAAUGGAAAGGGACACAAAAGGAGAAAGUUGGGUUCCUAAGAAUUUCAGGGUGUCUUGCAGCAGUAAAGAAGGUAAGUGGGAGUGGAACUGUUCACCCAUUCAUAAAUGGGUCCCUGAUGCUCCCAUUAUAGCCCGAUCAUUUAAAGUUUAAACAACUUCGGCAGCUAUUAUUUAAUGGCUUUACUUCUUACCCAACUCCAAAAAUCUGAAAAAGAAUGGCCAUUAUGUUGAAGGAAAAAAAAUUAUCGGUCAAGACUUAAGAGGUUCAAACAAUUAUUUUUUAUCACUGAGACUAGCAUUGUUGAGUAUGAACCAAUUUCUUUAAGUAUAAGUAUAUAAUUAUUAAAUUUUAAUUUAAAAAAAUGUUAAACUUUCUGGGCCUUCACAGAAAAUAAAUAUUUUAGUUGGUCUGACAAGUGAGAAGUAUUUUUUAGG